AUGCCAUGUAUCAGGUGUUUGAAAACAGAUUCUCUCUCUUCUUUUCUUUCUCCGAAGCUAUGCUCGAUUCCUCCUUGUUUCAACUCACCCCUACUCACACCAGAUUCGAUUUGGUGCUUUUCUGUGGGAGUAAGAAGGAGAAAUUGGCUUCUGAAAUUUUCGAACCCUUCAUCUCUCACCUCAAAUUCGCUAGAGAUUAAAUCUCUAAAGGCGGUUACUCUAUUUCUCUUUCCAUCAUAA